UAAGAUCAAUCACAUGGCAGGUAGAUUGUGUGGUUGGUUGAUGUGUGCGAAAAGUCUUGGUUUGCUUCUCCCUCUUUAAGAGAAGCGUUGGCUUCAGUUGAUGGUUGUUUCUCUGAGGGGAGGAAGGAGCCGUUUCAGCUUCGAGAAUGUGCGGAGGAGCGAUCAUCUCCGACUUCGUUCCGGCUGCGAGGUCCUGGCGGCUCGUCUCCGAAGACGUUCUGUGGCCGGAUCUCAAGAACGGGUCGAAGAAGAAGAAGAAGAAGAAGAAGAAGGACGGCCGACGGCGGGCCGUGGAGGAGGCGGAGGAUGACUUCGACGCCUUGUUCCAGGAGUUCAACGAAGAGUACGGGAGGUCCAAGAACGACGAAGAGGUGGAGCUCGUCGACCACAAGCACUGUGCUUUCCCUCCCAAAGGUGGGCCAAUUAGCUCAAGACCUAUUGAAUCUGAUGGACCUGCAGCUAGGUCUCCUAAAAGAAAGAGAAAGAACCAGUAUAGGGGAAUUCGUCAGCGUCCUUGGGGAAAAUGGGCAGCUGAAAUUAGAGAUCCUCGCAAGGGUGUACGCGUCUGGCUUGGGACGUUCAACACUGCUGAAGAGGCUGCAAGAGCCUAUGAUGUGGAAGCCCGUAGUAUCCGUGGAAAGAAAGCUAAGGUGAACUUCCCUGAUGAGGCACCCCCAAGUGCUCAAAAGCACCUUAUGAAAUCAACUGCAUGGGAAGCACCGACAUGGAACCCAGAAGAUAGUCUCAAUUUUAAUCACAAUUUCAAUUAUGUGAAUGAUGAUAAUCAUGAUUUUUUCAUGACUUUGGAUUUGUUUGAGGAGAAGGAACCCAUCAAACACUCCAAGAAUAUGAACUCCUUCACUGAGAUAGAACUGGCUCCACCUUCUGAGGAACCCAGGACAAGAAAUGUGAAUACAUUCUCUGAUCAUGGAAGCCCCACUUUUGGUUAUUCUGAAUAUGCUUGGGAACAGGAGGUUAAAUAUCCAUAUAUCACAACAAUUGUUGAUCCAGCGAACCCUGAGGCUGAAAAUUUUGUAUUGCUCGAAGAUGGCUGUCUGACGAAGAAACUGAAGAAUAAUGCUGGAGAAGCAGUGCCUGCCAAGGAGAUUGAUGAUGUCAAACUCUCUAAAGAAUUAUCUGCUUUUGAGUCAUUCAUGAAGCUUCUGCAGACACCAUAUCUGGAGGGCAGCUCCGACGAGGCAAUCGACAGCUUCCUCGAUUGUGAUGCGACUCAGGGUGAAGAUGGUGUGGAUCUCUGGAGCUUUGACAACCUGCCACCUAUAGCGGAAACCAUUUACUGAGGACCAAAGAUUAUGGCAAAUGGCCUUCUUCAAAUAAAUGUGCCAGUAUUGAUGGAAGACUUGAACCAAUGAUGUCCACAAUGAUUAUAUUAUGAACCUCUGAUUUAUGCUACUUGCUAUACAUCUAUUUCUAGUUUCUGUUCUCUCUAUGUGAUGUGUUUAUGCUCAGAAUUUGGGUCCUUUAAGUUGGUUGUAUUAAGUAUAGGCUGAAGACUGUUUAAAGACUACUUUGCCUCUAUGUUCCUCCUGUUGUUACUAUGCAAGAUUCUCUAGACAUGAUGGUUCCUCUAUUUGAUCU